UCCUAUAUAAAAAAAAUCUAAUUGAGCAACCGAGAAUAGAUCGAGGUUUUUACCUUUGAUACACAAUUUUUGGACAAAAAGAAUAAAAUAAAGUGAUUUAAAACUUUAAAAUUUUAAAAGUUAUCAAAUAAAUUAAUAAUUGUUACCAUAUAACUGCGCCCAUGGCGACUAUAUCUUUUGCCAAAAAUUUGGUUAAUCCAGCUCUUAAAUUGGUCUUAAAAAACAAUCAGUGUUCGCAAUUAAGAUGCGGUAAUGGUUUCUCCGGUUUAACUCCACUGAGUAUUGUACUGAAAAGGAACUAUGCUGAGAAGCAGGUCUUUGAAAGAACUAAACCUCAUUGUAAUGUUGGAACUAUAGGACAUGUAGAUCAUGGAAAAACUACAUUAACAGCUGCUAUAACAAAAGUAUUAGCUGAUAUAAACUUAGCACAAAAGAAAGGCUAUACAGACAUUGACAAUGCUCCUGAAGAGAAAGCUCGUGGAAUCACUAUUAAUGUUGCUCAUGUUGAGUAUCAAACAGAACAGAGACAUUAUGGCCACACGGACUGUCCAGGGCAUGCAGAUUAUAUUAAGAACAUGAUCACUGGUACUGCUCAAAUGGAUGGUGCUAUACUGGUAGUGGCUGCCACUGAUGGUGUCAUGCCGCAGACAAGAGAGCAUUUACUCCUUGCCAAACAGAUUGGUAUCCAGCAUGUUGUUGUAUUCAUUAAUAAGGUUGAUGCUGCUGAUCAAGAAAUGGUUGAACUGGUCGAAAUGGAAAUCAGGGAGCUCAUGUCUGAAAUGGGUUAUGAUGGUGAUAAUGUUCCUGUUGUAAAAGGUUCAGCCUUAUGUGCUCUAGAUGAUAAAAGUCCCGAUAUUGGAGCUGAAGCCAUUACUCAACUCUUGAAAGAAAUAGAUGCCUAUAUUCCAACACCAGUACGUGAAUUAGAUAAGCCAUUCCUCAUGCCUGUGGAAUCAGUUCACUCUAUACCUGGACGUGGCACAGUUGUUACAGGUCGUUUGCACAGAGGUGUACUCAAAAAGGGUACUGAAUGUGAAAUAGUCGGACAUGGUAAGAUUAUGAAGACAACUGUGACAGGUGUUGAAAUGUUCCACAAAACUUUGGAGGAAGCACAAGCUGGUGAUCAACUAGGUGCGCUGGUCCGCGCCAUAAAGAGAGAACAAAUAAAACGUGGAAUGGUUAUGGCCAAGCCUGGUACUGUCAAAGCUCAUGAUAAUGUUGAAGCUGCUGUUUAUAUAUUGAGCAAAGACGAAGGAGGCCGUUCAAAGCCAUUCACAUCAUUCAUCCAGUUGCAAAUGUUCUCAAUGACAUGGGAUUGUGCAUCUCAAGUGAUUAUUCCUGACAAAGAAAUGGUAAUGCCAGGCGAAGAUGCAAAGUUGAAUUUAAAACUCCUAAAACCUAUGGUAUGCGAACCUGGCCAACGCUUCACACUGAGGUUAGGUGAUUUAACCCUAGGAACUGGAGUUAUCACCAAAAUUAACAAUAAUUUAUCUGAAGAUGAAAGAUUGACACUCUUAGAAGGCAAGAAGGCUCGAGAAAAGGCCGCAGCAAAGAAGUAAAUUAUGUAAUUGGAUUUAAUUUUAAGCCUAGUCGUGUAGUUCACAUUAUUAUGUUAUGCAUUUAAAAUUGAUUAAAAUCCUAUAAAAAAAAACGUGUUUUAUUGUUCCAGUGGUAUAUGGAAUAAAUAGAGUGUUCAUUUGUAACAAGUAGUAGACAGUAUUAGGUGGUAUUAGCGCACUAUGUAUAUAACAAACUAUAUUUACAUUUUUCUUCUGUAAAUAGAUAUGGCGCAUGUCGAUGUCCUACUAAAAAAGCAAGUACGUAACUCAGUUUAAUCAGU